AUGAAAUCAGAGUUGGAAAUCUACAAAGAAAAUAAUACUAGACCGUCCUCCAAAAUUCAGACCCUAAAAGCUCAGGUCAAGGAGCUAGAAGAAAUCGCUACAUCUGUAACCCGUGUAAAGUCACAGUCAGGUGCCUAUAUUUAUACUCUCAAAAGGAAGAACCAAGAGUUAAGUGAAAGAGUCUCAGAAUUAGAAAAACAUCUGAGGCAGUUUCCAACGCUCUUGAAGGAACAUUCACUAGAAAAGACAAGAAUUGCACUUCUUGAAAAAGCCUUGGCUACUCAAGAAAUGGAGCUUAAAGCUAGUAGGGAAACAAUAGUGAAUCUUGUUUCAGAAAUGAAAAAGGAUAAAAAAACAGCAGCUGGCCACACUGAACAACUGGCAAUACUAAAGAAGAUAAAGGAUGAGGCUGUAUUGACCAAGAACACCUUUGAAAGGAAUAACACCAUUCUCUUAGAAAGAUUGAAAGACAAGCAAAUAGCUUGGGAUAACUGUUGCCAAGAAUUGCUCCAUAAAGAGAAAAAAUUCACUGAGUUAGAUAGAGCUCUGCAUGCCUCCAUGUAUGAGACUAAAACUACACAGACUUUAUAUCAAACCUUCAUCAGUCAACUGGCUACACUUCUGAGCAACACCUUCAUAACUGUGGCUGGGACGGAGGAAGCUAUUAAAGAAAGGAUACAAGAAAUCCGUGGCAGUGAACAUUCUUGGAAAUCUAAAACUGAUGAGCUGCAGCAGAAAGUUCUGUCACUAACCAGUCAGCUAGAGCAGCAGCAUGAUCUAUAUCAUGAGGCUCUGAGUAAAUCCUAUAAAGCUGAAGAAGUGCUUCAAAAACAAAAGGGAUCCCUAAAGCGCGUGGAAAAAAAGCUUGCUGCAGAAGAUUUGCUCUUAGAGAGAUUUAUGUCCGAAAGGAAGAAACACAUGGGGUUUCUGCAAGAGCUGACAGAGAAGCUACAGAUUAAUCAGGUUAGCUCACCAGAAAGUCUGCACUGCCAAUAUGAAAUGCUCUUGGACAAAGCAGAACAGCUCAGUAAACUGGAUACAGAAUCAAACAAGAACUGCAUCUUUAAUUUGCAGAAGGUCAGUGUAAAUUCUCAAAGGGAAAAAAUCAAAAUGAAGACUUGGCAGAUAGAACAACUGACAGAGAAGAUCAAACAGUUUGAAAAAGGAAAAGAGCAACAGGUCUGCUUGAAUACUGGGCAGGAUCCACAGAGCCUGAAAGCCCAGAAAGAAUCUGAGAAACUUCAGGAACUGCUUAGUGAAAUGAAAAUGUCAAAUCAAACUCUCCAGGCAAAAUUUGUGAGUGUAAAUGAUAUCAAAAACAAAACCAUAGAAGAACUCAGUAAAUCUUUGGAAAAAUUUGAAAAGAUUAAGGAGAAAGCAGCUAGAAAGGUGGUCAGUUUGAAAACAGAACUAGACUACACAGAACAUGAGGCAAGGAAGGAGAAAGAGAGGGCCCAUCAUAUGUUGGAAGCAGUCACUAAUGAGCUCCACAUAGCAAAAAGAGCACUUGAAGAAGUAGCAAGAAGAGAAAAACAGCUUGUUGACUUUAGAGAAGCCAUUACAAAAAUUAUGGGAUUUUGCAUAAAUACAUUGGCUAUAUCAGACAAGGAGGUCAUCAGACAACUAAAGCAAUUUAUACAAGCCUAUGAAUUUUCUAAAGUUACUUCUAACAAUGAAUCAAAACUUUUGUGUGGUUUUACAACUGGAUUUGAGAAUCAAUACUGUGUUCCAGUGACAUCUUCUUCCACAAAUCCACUAGUGUUCAUUCAAAACUGCAGGGAUCCAAUGAAGAUGGAGACAGACAUCUGGAUUUUUGGCACACCUCAAUUUGCCUUUUAA